AUGGCCAUGACUACCACCAACCAAACCCUUCCGGGUCUCCAAGUGACCGCACCUGAUGAGGACAUGGAGAUCUCAGACUACGAGCGAAACGCCGACGAUAUCGACAUCGACAUCGAUCUUACUGUCGAUCCUAGUCAUCAUGAAGACGAGAACAUGGAUGACGAUCGCUCUGAACACGACAAUAGAGACGAUGUCAUGCUCGAUGGCGAUGGAAACGACGAUGAGGACGGUAUGAUGCAAGACAACAUGUCUGUCCCUGACGAGCACCUGACCGAUGCGAGUGACGUUGGUUACGUCGAUAUCGAGGUCAAAGAGGCGCCGCAGGAGCAAUCUGCCGCAGAACACGUUGAUGUAGAAGUGCAAGAUAGUGGCCAGGCCGAGGAUUUCAUCGACUACGAUGACACUGCCACCGCGCAGGUUCAGCCAGCACCGCAGGCUGAACAACCGCCUGCCGAUCAUUCUGUCGCAGAACAAAGCCAACUUCCUGGUAGCGAGGAGCCUGGUAAUCAGGAAACCAAUGUCCAAGCACAAAAUCCCGAAGCCUCUACUUUCCCUGAACCUUCGGCUCCGGAUCGAGCUUCUGUCUCAGCUGAAGCUGCAGUCGAUGAGACUACUUUGGUGAAUCCUCGUAUCGAAGACUCGGUUGCAAUCCCAAGUGGUGCUGCUCAAGAUACCGAAGAGUCACAUGCUUCCGGCGAACCCGUUGACGCGCACCCGGAAACUACCCCUGCCGAGCCGACGCCUGAUUCUCCAACUGCCACUGUGCCUCAAGAUGGAACUCAUCUUCCUACAGAAAUAUCAGAAAAGCAAAGCCAGGCAAAGGAGAGCCCUCACGAUGGCCACGAGGAAAGAGUCGAAACUGGCCCAGAUUUCGCUGAGCAGCAGACAGAGCCCGAGCAAUCGGCUCAACAAUCUGAAGAAGCUCUUGAUUUCUCGCACCUACCCUUCGAUCCCAAAGCCGAAGCAGGGGAUCAAUCCCCUCAUACUGCAUCCUCCCUGCAUCCCGUUGUAGUUGUGUAUCAGGGAGAUGAGAUUUCCCUUUUCCCUCCUCAUGGUAGUGAUACCUCCGAUAGCUUCUAUUUUCUCCAUGAUGAGUCCUUGGUGAACGAGAGUAUUCGUUCCCUUCUCCAGGCCUGCAGGCAAGUUCUGGGUGAGACAAUGCGAGACGAGGAUGAGUUGGAGAUCGAUAUUGCGGAACUUGGGCUUUGCGAUUCUGAUAAUGCUGCCAAUACCAGCUUCGCCCAAGUCCUCGACGUUUAUCUUCAACUCCACCAACUUGACGGACAUCAAAGCCCUGGCCCUCUUUACAUGACACUAAAUACUAAGACUAGGUUUUCAGCGCGUUUGGAUGCCUUGCUUGCGGCCAUUGCCGAUGGCAGGGGCAUGUCACAACUGUCGUUCCUUGAGGAUGUUACGGAAGAAGAUGCGUACGCCGGAUCCGAUGACGCACCAGAAGAGCAGAGGUCGUUGAAGCAGGCUGAUGAUCGAUAUGAAGAGCAUGCCGAUAACUCUGUUCCGGAGCAUGCGUCCGAGCCCGGAGGGCUUGAACACGAGGGCUCCCACGGAGAAGUGCAUACGACGGGUGAACGAGCACCCGAGCCUGGCUCGACCGAUGUCGAACAAUCCCGGACUCAGGCAGAGGAUGUCUUGGGUGUGGCAUCCCAAGAGCAAUGGUCCACCUUGCAACAAAACCAAGACUCAGUAUCGACUCAUCAACACGAGCCUCAAGGCUAUGUGUCACCAGCGCCUGAGGACUUGCCCGAAUACGAAUCGUCAGAUGAAGGAAACGACCCAGGAGCACAAGAGAAGGAGGAUAGCCUUGAAAAAGGCGCAAAGGCAGAUGCCUCUGAGCCUGAUCACUCACGCGAAAAUGAUCAGAUUAACUAUGAUGAUGGUGAAUACGCAGAGGAAGCUAGGGACGAUGCGUCUCUCCGCUCUUCCACCCUGCAGGGCGAUCAUACUCCGGCGGCUGUCGACGAGGGUGUAUCCCAGCGUGAAAAUAACGCUGGCGCUACAUUGGCAGGCGUUGAUGAUGCGCUACACAACGAACCCCACGGCGAAAACGGAGAAGAUGUCCCUGCGAUACGGCAAGACGAAACCUCGAACCGUAAUGGCUCCGAUACGCAGUUCGUCGAAUCUACUGUCGCCGUGGAAGAGAAUCAGGAGUUUGAGCAGUCCGAUGGCCAGGGCGGGCUAGAGAAUGCAGAGGAAACUCUGGAGCAGGAAUUGGAGCGCGAGCUCAAUGACCAAUCUGGAUCAUUCGAUUUACAAGAGGGCGCCCAGGGAAUGCCUGGUGAGGAGCACUACCCGACAAACUAUGAAGAAGGCGAAGAGUACGGAUUUGAACAGGAUGAAAAUACCCAAGAGACACAAGAUGGCGAGGGAUCAUACGAGGAGUUUGUCGUCGUUGAAGCAGAAGAUGUUCACGAAAGCUUGGGUGCGCCCAACGGUGGCCAAGCUGCUGACGAUCAGAGAUGGUCUCAUGGCGAUGGGUUCGAUGACGCCGAGGCCGAGCAGACUGCGGAGAAUAAUCCGGAUGAGACUCAUUCAGGGCUUGAACAAGGCUUGGAAGACGAUCAUGCUGGACAAGCUCAACCAAAGGCUCACGCAUCGGAUGAAGAUGAACUGGACACGAUUGAUUACGAUGACGAGGAGCUUUCGCGGCCCGCGUCAGCGCAGCAAGAUGAGGCUGCGGUUCCGUCCCCAUCUUCCGCCAAGCGGGGCUGGGAAGAGCUUGGACAGGACGAUGAUGACCAGGCCGACGAGCAAGCGCCAAAGAAAGUCAAGUCCGAAUGA